AUGAAACUUAAUCAGUGGGGAAUUAUGCUUCCUCUGCCCAGCUUCUCUCAUCUUUUCCAUAUUUUGUGUUUAUUCCUGAUCCUCUGUUUCCCCUCAAUCCAUGGCCAAUUCCUGCCAGAACCUAGGGCAGUUCAAGGUCUGCUGCUCUUCACCCAGCCUGCUUAUAAUGCCUCCAUCUUCGAGAACUCUGCUGCAAGAACUUAUACCAAAAGUGAGGUCAAAAUGGGAAUUAUUCUGGGGCCACCUCGGUCUUUAGACAUUAAAUACUCCAUUGAAUCUGGAGACAGUGAGGGAAUCUACCAGGCCGAGAGCUUUGUAAUGGGAGACUUUUGUUUCCUACGUAUACGCACUAAUGGAGGAAGUGGUGCCACAUUGAAUCGCGAAGUACAAGACAAUUACACAUUGACAGUAAAGGCAUCUGCCCAAGGAGGCUUAGAAGCCUUAGCCACUGUUUAUAUUAAGGUCUUGGAUACCAAUGAUCUCCGACCUCUCUUCUCCCCAACCUCCUACUCAUUUGUUGUUUCUGAGAGUGCCCCUUUGGGUGCUAGCAUAGGACGUGUAACAGCCACAGAUGCUGACGUUGGCUCCAACGGAGAGUUUUACUACUUCUUCAAGAACAGAGUCGAACUCUUUGCUGUCCACCCAACCGGCGGGGUUAUCACCCUGACAGGCCGCCCCAGGAUGGAUAAACAAGCUCGAUUUGAGCUGGAGGUGCAGGUGGUUGACAGAGGGAUGAAACUAUAUGGAAACAAUGGCAUCAGCAGCACUGCAAGGCUUGUUCUAACUGUGGAGCGGGUUAAUGAAUUUGCUCCUGUUCUCAGUGCAGUUGCUGUCGUUCCAUCAUGGGCGGACAGUGACCCAGUCUACGCCAAAGUGACUGUGGAGGACAAAGAUGAGGGGGUAUCUGGGGAUAUAGAGUGGGUUUCCAUCAUUGAGGGUGACCCCCUUGAACUGUUUGUAGUUGACCGAUCACCAGUUGGGAACGAGUAUAGUGUUAAAACUUCAGAAUUGAUUGAGUGGGAUAAAUUCCCUUAUGGCUGCAACUUAACCCUCCAGGCUAAAGACAGGGGCAUACCUCCUAAGUUUUCCAAUGUCCAAGUUGUUCAGUUGUUGGUUACAAAGCCAGACCCAGUGCUGGAGAAUUUUGAGAAAGAUGUUUAUGUAGUCAAUCUGAGUGAAAUAGCUCCCCCAGGCACUAUUGUAGAGGUGGUGAAAAUCUCCCCAGCUCCUCUGACUGUCAAUUACAGUUUCAGCAGCCUCUCUGAUCCAAUGUACUUUGAUAUAAACCCUUUGACUGGAGUUAUUAUGACCACAAGGCAGCUGACAAGGAUAUCGCAGGAUUUCAUGGAGAUGGAGGUAGUUGAUAGUAUUAGCCAGCAGCGAGCAAGGGUCCAAAUCACCAUAGAGGAUGCUAAUGACAACAUUCCAGUAUUCAGCAGGCCAUUCUAUGAUAUUGCAAUCAAUGAGAGCUUACCUAUAGGCACUGUUGUUCUUAUAGUGUCUGCUGUAGAUGAUGAUAAAGGAGAGAAUGGGUACGUAACCCACACAAUCAGUGGUGAGCAGUCUCUACCAUUCACCAUAGAUCAGGACUCAGGGGAAGUGAGGAUCACAAUAGACCUGGACUUUGAGUCAUCAGAUGAUAUCUACACUUUUGCAGUGAGGGCCUCGGAUUGGGGUUCACCUUACAGAAGAGAGAACGAGGUUAAUGUCUCCAUUCGUUUAAUAAAUAUUAAUGACAACCAGCCACUUUUUGAGAGGGUUUCUUGCAGAGGCAUGAUAAGCCGGGAUUUCCCUGUCAGUCAGACUAUUGUCACCUUGUCGGCUAUAGACAUGGAUGAGCUUGGGAUGGUAAAAUACAACAUACUCUCUGGGAAUGAAUUAGACUAUUUUAACUUAAAUCCAGACUCUGGGGCUUUGUCAUUAAAAAGAUCAUUAGCAGUGGCUAAUUUAAAAAAUGGGAUAUUCAGCUUGAAAGUAGUUGCAACAGAUGGAGAGAUGUUCUCUGAUCCAAUGUUUGUGAAUGUAUCUGUGGUGAGGGGCAGGAUGCCAUCCAGGGGAUUCAACUGCAAGGAGACCAGGGUAGCUCAGUUGUUGGCAGAAAAAAUGCUCCUAAAAGCGUCUGCCAUGGCGAGACCAAGACAAAAUGAGAGAUACACAGACCUUUUCUCCAUUAACAAAGAGGCUCCACAGUUUGAGGCAUUGCCUACUAGCAUUCUAGUGAGGGAAGACCUUGCUGCUGGUGCCAGUGUAUUUCAAGUGAAAGCACGAGAUGGUGAUACAGGCUUCAAUGGUCGUGUCCUCUUUUCCAUAUCUGAUGGUAAUAAAGAAAAUUGCUUUAAUAUCAAUAUGGAGACUGGGCUGAUAACUGUAUUGCAGCCACUUGACCGUGAGCGAUCAGAUCGUUAUUUCCUCAAUAUCACCAUCUACGAUCAGGGUGUCCCUCAGAUGUCCAACUGGAGAUUACUGACUGUGAUCAUCGAGGAUGCUAAUGACAAUGACCCCCAGUUUUAUCAGGACAUUUUCUCUGCUCUUGUUUUAGAGAACGCUGCCAUUGGUAUGGAAGUUAUCACCAUCACUGCUUUCGACAAAGAUAUGGGUCAAAAUGGACAGUUGUCCUACAUUUUACAGACCAGUGUCCCCCAGUUUGGUAUUGACAGUGAAACUGGAACUGUAUUUGUCGCUAGCCAAUUGGACAGGGAAACCUUUCCAAUGUUCACAUUGAAGAUUGAGGUGAGAGACAAAGCUGAAAGAGGCACCCGAAGAUCAUCAGUGACUACAUUAAGUAUUAUAGUGGAGGAUGUCAAUGAUUGCGCACCAGCUUUCACUCCCAGCAGCUAUAGUGUUCGAGUACUGGAGGACCUCCCAGCAGGGGCUGUCAUUAUUUGGGUGCAGGCUAAGGACCCAGACAUCGGCCCUGGCGGACAGGUCCGAUACUCUUUGUCUAAUGACUUCAAUCGAACUUUUGAGAUCGAUACUGUGAGUGGGAUGUUGAGGAUAAGGAAGGAGCUGGACUUUGAGAAACAACAGUUUUUCAACCUGACGUUGUUUGCUCAAGACAGGGGAGAACCCAGCCUCACCAGUCAAACUUUUGUGGAAGUGGAGGUGGUGGAUGUCAAUGAGAAUUUGUAUGCACCUUACUUCUCUGACUUUACUGUGAGAGGCUCAGUGAAGGAGAACUCUCGUGCAGGCACAAGCGUCCUGACAGUCAGUGCUAAGGAUGACGACAAGGGACGAGAUGGCGUGUUGAGGUACUCUGUCAGAGGAGGCAGCGGACUGGGCACUUUCGCCAUUGACGAAGACACAGGGGUGAUUUACACUGCUGGUAUCCUGGACUGUGAGACCAAAGACUCCUACUGGCUUACAGUCUAUGCCACAGACAAAGGGGUUACACCUCUGUCAGCUUCUAUUGAAGUCUUCAUUCAGGUUGAGGAUGUCAAUGACAAUGCUCCCCUCACCUCGGAUCCUAUCUACCACCCAGCCAUCAUGGAGAAUUCUCCAAAGGAUGUUUCAGUCAUCCGUAUCCAAGCGCAGGACCCUGACCUCACUGCUACGCCUAGUCGUCUCAGUUAUCGUAUCACUGCUGGCAACCCACAGAAUUUCUUUUCUAUCAACCCCAAAACAGGGCUGAUCACAACAACUGCAAGGAAACUGGACAGAGAACAACAGGCAGAGCACUUUUUAGAGGUAACAGUCAUAGAUGGCCCAGUGACAACCCGCCAGUCAACUGUGUGGGUUAUAGUUCACAUUGAAGACGAGAACGACAACCCGCCCACCUUCCCGGAGGUCACAUACCGCAUCAGCUUGCCUGAACGAGACCGCAACAAACGGGGUGAACCAGUCUACCGUGUCUUCGCCUAUGACCGUGAUCUGGGAGCCAAUGGAAACAUUACCUACAGCUUCAUUGAUGGUAACAACGAUGAGAAGUUCAGUAUUGACCCCAGGACUGCUAUGGUGUCAUCAAAAAAGAUGGUGACGGCGGGCAGCUAUGAUAUCCUCACUAUAAAAGCGGAGGACAGUGGUGAUCCUCCAUUAUGGUCUACUGUCAAACUCCAUGUGGAGUGGAUUCGCAAACCAGUCCCAUCGCUCCUGCCCCUAUUGUUGACACAGAAGUACUACAAUUUUUCAAUAUCUGAGACAGCUGCUGUAGCUCAGCCGGUGGGAGUGGUUGCUGUGAGCCAGUCGAGCACACCUGUUUGGUUCAAUAUCAUCGGAGGACGACUCGCCAGAGAAAUGUUCUACAUUCCCCAGAAUCAGUGUGGAAGAAACUGCUCACUUGACACAGGGAGCUUUGACAUGCAGUUCGACCUUCAAGUGGGGGUGGGGACUCUAGUUGUAGCCAAGCUGCUGGAUGCAGAGGUGCAGUCUGUGUACAACAUGACUAUUCAGGUGACAGAUGGGACCAACUUUGCCACUGCUCAGGUCUUCAUCCGAGUACAAGACAGCAAUGACAACCCUCCUGUCUUCUCACAGCCCGCCUAUGAUGUCAGUGUCUCCGAAGACAUAGCAGUGGACAUGGAACUGCUGCGGGUUAGGGCAUCCGACAUGGAUGAGCGUGCCCGUUUGAGCUUCUCCAUCUAUGGCAGUGUAGACCCAGCCAGUAUGAGACUAUUCAGGGUCAAUCCUGGAACGGGGGUCGUCUACACUGCAGACAGGCUGGACUACGAGGCUAGGACACAGCACAUCCUCACUAUUAUGGUCAAGGAUCAGGAGUUUCCAUUUAACCGUGACCUGGCUCGUAUCCUGGUGGCAGUGGAAGACUCCAAUGAUAACAUCCCCUACUUCACAAGCACGGUAUAUGAUGCUGUGGCCUAUGAGUCUUCUCCCAUAGGCACUUCUGUAGUGCAAGUGACCGCCCUCGACAAAGACAAUGGGAUUAAUGGGCAACUCACCUAUACUAUGGAAGCAGGUAACACCGGGGUUGUGUUUGGCAUAGAUAAUGCCACUGGCCUUAUCUCCAUUGCCAGGGACCUGGACUUCAACUCUCUGGGCUUUUACACCCUCACUGUGCGUGUCACGGACAGUGGAUUUCCUCCAUUAAUGGCCACAGCUACAGUUCGCAUCUCCUUGAUACUCUCUGACUUCUCCAAACCCAAAUUCACUCAGAAGGAGUAUCAGGCUGAGAUAAUGGAAAACAGCACGAUUGGAACAUACGUGACCACCAUUAGCGCACUCAGUCGCUCAACACUUACUUAUGAUAUCACCGGGGGCAACGAGGACAACUGCUUCUUUAUUAAUCAUCAUACUGGUGUAGUCAGCACACGUAGACUACUCGACUUUGAGCAAACAACGUCCUACUUGCUGAUUGUGCGUGCCUUAAGCAUGGCUGGAGUGGAGGCCAGCACCACUGUCAUCGUCCAAGUGGGGGAUGUCAAUGAUAGCCCACCAGUUUUUCAACAAAUCAGGUAUGUGGGUGCAAUCAGUGAGGCUGCUCUAGUCAACAGUGUGGUUCUGGGAGAAGAUGGUAACCCUCUAGUCAUCCAGGCGACCGAUAGUGACCGCAAUCAUAACGCCUUGUUAGUGUUCCAGAUCAUAGAUGAGACUGCCCGCAUGUUUUUCAGUGUGGACUCAGGGACUGGGUCGAUUCGAACGAUUGCCAGCCUGGACUAUGAGACCUUCUCUGAGUUCCUCUUCAGGGUUCAUGUUAGAGACAGUGGUCAACCUCCUAGGAGUGCUGAGAGCCCAGCAGAAGUGUUUAUAAAGGUGAUCAACAUCAAUGACUCACCUCCAAGGUUCUCUCAGGACAUGUACGAGGCAGUCCUCCUUCUGCCAACCUACAUUGGAGUCGAAGUCCUGAGAGUCGAAGCUUUUGACCCAGAUAUCACUUCUAACGUCAGCCUGAACCCUGAGAAGUCCAAUACCCCUCUGCUAGUCUACUCUCUUGUAGAAAGCAACCUGGAGCACUUUUCUGUGGGGCGCUACACUGGGGUUGUGACUGUCAUCAAUCAGAAUCUCAGUAAAGACCGCUACCGCUUCAAUGUGAAGGUAUGGGAUGGACGUUUCUCCAGCAUGACAUUGGUCACAGUGCUUGUCCGAGAAGCUAUAGACAGUGGCUUUUUCUUCACUGUCCCGGUUUACUCCGCCUCCAUCCCAGAGAAUAUACCCAAUGUCACUGUAGUGACUGUUGUCAACACAAUUGGCCACCUCCUCAAUGAGCCACUGAAGUACACUCUGCUGAACCCUGGUGGACGCUUUGUAAUUCGCCCAACCUGUGGAGUGGUGCUCACCACUGGUGUGCCUUUUGACAGAGAGGAGAACGAGAGCUAUGAGCUGGUGGUGGAGGUCAGCAGAGAAGAUGAGAUACUGAGAGUGGCCAGAGUCACCAUACAAGUGCAGAUUGAGGAUGUGAACGACAAUGCCCCAGAGUUUGUGAAUCUUCCCUACUACGCUGCAGUGCAGGUGGAAGCAGAACCAGGAUCAUCUAUUUUCAGGGUUUCAUCCACUGACCAAGACUCUGGUCUGAAUGGAGAGGUGACUUAUAGCCUGAAGGAGCAACAUAGGAACUUUCAGGUGAAUCCUUUGACAGGAGAGCUGACCCUAAAGAGGUCCUUCGAGGUCGACUUAUCUAAUGCAGAAUACAAGGUUGUCGUUGUAGCGACUGACGGUGGCUUCCCCACUUUGUCCAGUGAGGUAGAGCUGCCUAUUACAGUCGUCAAUAAAGCCAUGCCAGUGUUUGACAAGCCCUUCUACGGUGUCACUGUCAGAGAGGAUGUGGCCAUCUCCAGCACUGUCCUUUGUAUUAAUGCCACCAGUCCUGAAGGCCAGAGUGUCAUCUUUACCAUCGCAGAAGGAGACCCUUCCUUCCAGUUUGACAUUGGCUUCGACACAGGAGUCAUCAAUGUGAUUUACCCAUUAGACUAUGAGAACAUGCAGUAUUACCGGUUAACAGUGAAAGCCACAGAUACGCUGACGGGGGCCAAGUCUGAGGUCGAUGUGGACAUUGUUGUACUGGAUGUGAACGAUAAUCCACCAUUGUUUCAGAACACGUCAUACUCUGCUGUUCUGGCUGAGAACUCUAUGAUUGGAACAACUGUGUUACAGGUAUUUGCUCAGGACCAAGACUCUGAAAAGAAUGCCAUGGUGAGUUACCAAAUACUAUCUGAUAUCUACAACAGCACCGACUACUUCCACAUUGACAGUAUCAGCGGACUGGUAUUCACUGCACGCUUGCUGGACUAUGAGCUCAUCCAGCGCUACAACUUCAUUGUCAGAGCGACGGACAGUGGAGACCCUGCCCAAAGUAGUGAUGUUAGUGUCACUGUGACUGUUACCGACACAAACGACAACCCACCUAAUUUCAGCCAAGCGCUGUACGAGGCCUUUGUCAGCGAGCUGGCUCCCCGAGGACACUUUGUGACUUGUGUUCAGGCAUCAGAUGCUGACAUCUGUGAUGCACAGAGGCUGAGGUACAGUAUUCUCUCUGGAAAUGAGAGAAUGACUUUUAUGAUGGACCCAGAUACAGGGGUGCUCAGUCUGUCUAACAAGAGGAGACAAGGCAUGAAACUCUCAUAUCAACUCAAUGUCUCCGUGUCAGAUGGAGUCUUCACCAGCACUGCUCAGGUGAUUGUACGAGUCCUUGGAGCAAACCUGUACAGCCCCGUGUUCAGCCAGAGGUUUUAUCUGGCUGAGGUCCAAGAAAAUGCCCCCCCGGGAUCAAAGGUCAUUCAGGUUCGAGCCACAGAUGAGGACUCUGGGUUGUUUGGCCAGAUCACCUACUCCUUCAUCAAUGACCUGGGAAAAACUCAGUUCACCAUUGAUGCAGAUGGAGUCAUAUCUACCGCCCUGAAGUUAGACAGAGAGAAUCCUCUUAACAAAGACAUGGUGCUGACUGUUAUGGCUCUGGAUGGUGGAGGACGUGCAUCAUUCUGUACAGUACGUGUGGUUCUCGCAGAUGAGAAUGACAACGCCCCUCAAUUUAGGGCAGUGGAAUACCGUAUGAGCAUCAAAGCAAAUGUUGCCAAAGGUUCUCUGGUCACACAAAUCCAGGCCACUGACCCUGAUGCUGGGUCUAAUGGACGGAUAACCUAUUCCCUUUACAGUGAGGCCCGCCUAUCACUGGUUGAUGUGCUGGAGGUAGAGCCAGACAGUGGUUGGAUGAUGACUAAGAGCACUGUGGACCACCUCCAGGGGACUGUGCUGUCCUUCUUUGUCAAAGCCACAGACUGCGGUUCGCCAGCCAAGCACUCCCUGGUGUCAGCCUUCAUCCAUGUUGUCCCUCCAGAUGCUUUUGUUCCCUCCUUCAGCCAGCCUCAGUACUCCUUCACCAUUCCUGAGGACACAGCAGUAGGAACAGCCCUGGGGUCUGUGUACAUGGGACCUGGACAGAGCGGGUUCUUCUCUGCAGUUGGGGGGGAGACACUUGACAGCAACCAAGGAGGGACCUUCCUAGUGGAGAGGGAAACUGGUCUGAUUCGUGUGAUAAAACCUCUGGACUAUGAGCAGGUCAGCAUCUUCCGCUUCAAGGUUGCAGCAACAACAAGAAGAGACCUGAUUGAGUCUGUUUCCACUGUGGACCUGGAGGUUAAGAUCCUAGAUGUGAAUGACAACAUGCCUGUAUUUGAGACUAAUACCUACGUAGCAACAGUUAUGGAGGGGAUGCCAGUGGGGACAAGAGUGGUCCAAGUGCGUGCACUCGAUCCAGACUGGGGCUCUAACGGACAGGUAACCUACAGCCUUGGGCCUCUGCUCGCCUAUAAUUUGGACCUGACGAAAAACGCCCGCUCCUUCAGUGCCCCCGUUUCUACAACUUCUGUCUUUGCCAUUGACAGUAAAACAGGCUGGAUCACCACAGUGAGUCAGAUGGACCACGAGGCCUGUUCCAGCUACAGCUUUGAAGUAGUGGCCUCUGAUCUGGGGGAGUUACAGUCUCUCUCCUCCACCACAGUGGUGACCAUCACUGUGUCGGAUGUUAAUGACAACCCACCGCGGUUCGAGAGAGAACUCUACCGGGGUGCAGUAAAGGAGAGCGAUCCCCUUGGUGAAGUUGUGGCGGUUUUGAAAACCAAAGAUCGGGAUGGCACUGACCAAAACUGCCUUGUCAGCUUUUACAUCACUGGCGGAAACCCGAGGGGCGUGUUUGGCUUGGCCCUCGUGCAGGGGGAGUGGAAAGUUUAUGUAAGUGGUCUACUGGAUCGUGAGCAGCAGGACUGGUAUCUACUCAACAUCACAGCCAGCGAUGGCCUGUAUGUUGCUCGCACUGCAGUGGAAGUUACUAUCAUGGAUGCCAACGACAACAGUCCCAUCUGCAACCAGGCGGUGUAUAGUGCUUCUUUUCCCGAGGACAUUUCCACUAACAAGGGCAUUCUGACAGUGGGUGCAACAGAUGCUGACUCAGGCUCCAGCGCUGAGAUCCAAUAUUCACUAUUUGGCAUUGGGGUCGAAGAUUUCUACAUGGAUGCAAACACGGGUGAGCUGCGUACAUCCACUAUCAUGGACCGAGAAAUGACAGCCACCUACAAACUCAUUGCCCAGGCAACUGAUGGAGGAGGGCUGUUCUGCCGCUCUGACAUUUCUCUCAAGGUGUUGGAUGUGAAUGACAACGCCCCCUCUUUCUCCUCUACUCAUUACCUGGCUAGCGUAUAUGAGAAUGCCACCCCCAAUGCUUUGCUUACCCGGCUACAAGCCAGUGAUCCUGAUGAAGGUCUAAACCGUACCGUGGUCUAUUCUUUGGUGGAUUCAGUCAAUGGGUUCUUUUCCAUCGAUCCAAUAUCUGGGAUGGUAAUACUAGAGAAACCUUUGGACAGAGAGAGCCGAGACUCAUAUCGGGUUCGGGUCCAGGCCACUGACCAAGCUGGACAACAAGGGGCGCUGUCCUCACAGGUUGAUUUGACCAUUUUGGUCCUGGAUGUGAAUGACAAUGCUCCAGUCUUCCAGAGGAGGGACUAUGCUGUUACUGUGCCUGAGGAUGUGGCCAUGGGAACUGAGGUGCUGCGAGUGCUGGCGACUAGUGUUGACAUCGGACCAAAUGCUGAGAUCACCUAUAGCAUCCGGUCAGGGAACGAGUUAAGAAAGUUCACCAUAGACAGAACCUUGGGUUCAAUUUCUGUGGCUGAUGAUUUGGAUUUUGAGGUGUGUAAGGACUACUACCUGACCAUUGAGGCCUGGGACAGUGGCAACCCACCUCUCAGCACUGCUACCAUGGUAACCAUUGAACUCAUGGAUGUUAACGACAACUCUCCAGCCUUCAGUCAAGACAUCUACAAUGUUCUAAUCAGUGAAGAUGCAACUGUUGGACAGACAAUUACAAGGGUAUUGGCAGAGGACCUGGACAGCCAAGUGAAUGGGCGAAUCACCUACUCUAUCCUGAAAGGUGACCGUAGUAACCACUUCUGGAUUGACCCUGUGACAGGACUAUUCAAAGUCAAUAAGCGGCUUGACAGAGAACUAAUAUCCAGGUACUCUUUGUCAGUGCAAGCGUUCGACAGUGGCUCUCCUGCCAUGUCAUCCACCACCAACGUUAACAUCGACAUAUCUGACGUCAAUGACAACCCUCCUGUCUUCACCCCGCCCAACUCCACAGCCGUCAUACAGCUAAACCAAGCUGCUGGCACCACCUUGCUGAAACUGUCAGUCAGCGAUAAAGACUCCUCUAGAAAUGGCCCUCCCUUUGAGUUUCGCAUUGUUUCUGGAAACGAGGGAAAUUUCUUCUCACUGGACCAGACUGGAACUCUCAGGUCUAACCGUGUGUUUGGUCCUGAAGUCCCCAGAGAGUUCACCCUUGAAAUCCAGGCUAGUGACUCUGGUAAGCCACGUCUUACCUCUUCUUCCUGGGUGUUCCUGAGGGUCAUUGGGAACACUCAGUACAAACCUACUGUCUCUCCCCUGGAAAUCUUCAUUGUCAUGGGAACAGACACCUUCCAGGGAGGCCCAAUAGGUCAGAUCUACGCAACCGACCGUGACCCUAGCGAUGUGUUGUCAUAUACCCAGAGGUCUCAGCCCAAGAGUAUGUUUAAGAUCAGCCGACAGGAUGGCAGCAUUUUGGCUCUGCCGGGCCUGGAACCUGGCAGAUACCAGAUGAAUGCUACAGUGAGUGAUGGACGUUUUGCUGUGAUAGCUGAUGUGUCAGUCCAGGUCGAGCAGGUGACAGAUGUGCUGCUGCGUAGUGCCCUGACCCUACGUUUCCGCUCCAUGUCCCCAGAAGACCUGCUGAGUCGCUACCUCAGCCAGAUCAAACUGAUGUUACGGGGACUAGCUGGUUGGAAAUGGUCGCCGGGACAACAAGAUCCCCUCCACACACUCACUGUACAGCCAGUGAUGGGGACAUCUGAUGUCGACUUAGUUUUGGCUAUGGAGAGGCCAGAGACGUCAAGCAGUGGAAGGAUGGGUGGCUUCUACUCUCAGCAAGAGAUGGCUGGGAAGCUGGAAGAAGCAGCAGCGCGGGGUCAGAUUCGGGGUGUCCUAGCUGGGGCAGUGGUGGUGAGCACUGCUUGCUCUGGGGAGCUGGAGUGUGGGGACAGGGUAUGUGAACAGACACUGGUGAUGGAUGGUGGCUCACUGGUAACCUACAGCACAGAGAGGGUCAGCUUGGUGUCACCAAGCUUCAGCCGUGCAGAGACCUGCACCUGCCCUGGAGGGACAUGCCCCACCCCAGUAGAGCUUUGUGAAGGUCAGUCCUGUCCAGCAGACAUGCAGUGUGUUCGCUCUGGUCCUACAGCACCAUCUGUCUGCCAGUGUCAGCCUGACAGGCUGGAUGAGUGUGCAGGUCAAACCUCACUGAGUUUCUCCGGAAACAGUUACAUCAAGUACAGAGUGACAGACAGUGGCCAAAGUGGAGAGAUGAAGCUUGGCCUGAGGAUUAGAACACUUCAGAGAAGAGGAGUCAUUAUGUUUACUCGUGUUAACCCCUGUACCAUGCUCAAGAUUGAAGGGGGUAGACUGUGGUUCCAGUUGGACUGUGACAACACCCUUGGUAUUAUGGGUAUCUCUGGCAGACCAAUAAACGACGGCCUCUGGCAUGCUGUAUCCUUGGAGCUGACUAGGAACUACACCCUCCUGUCAUUAGAUGACAGCUAUGUAGAGCGCCGCCGAGCGGCCAGAGCCCCCAUUCGCCUCUGGCCUCUGGCCCCAGAUUCCUCCUUCUUUUUUGGGGCCCAGGUUAGGCCACCUGCUGGGCAAGGUGAGAGACCAAGCCCAGGCCCAGGGAGAAGCCAGGGAGGACCAGGACUUGGAGACCGUGGAGCGAGGGACCCACCGAGAGCACAGGACGGCUUCCAGGGCUGCCUGGGCUCACUGAUGCUGAAUGGUAACGAGCUGCCACUCCAGAAUAAGAGAAGCCGUUACGCUGAGAUAGCUGGGCUGAGCGAGGUCAAACUGGGCUGCGUGCUCUAUCCAGAUCCAUGCGUCAGCCAGCCGUGCCUCAACGGGGCCAUCUGCAGCAGCCUGCCCUCUGGAGGCUUCAUGUGCAGUUGCAGUGCUGGCUUCACUGGGGGGCGCUGUGAAAUUGAAUUGACAUCCUGCAUGCCAAACCCAUGUCAGAACGGUGGAGACUGCAAGCCUGUAGGCAGCGCAUUCCUCUGUGGCUGUCCUAGAGGACUCGGGGGACUUAUAUGUGAUGAGGAUGUAGAUGAGUGUGACCAGGAGGAGUGCGGGAAUGGAGGAGUGUGUGUCAACACGUUUGGGUCAUACUACUGUAACUGCUCGGAAGGGUAUGAGGGGCAGUUUUGUGAUGAUCAGAUGCCUGAUGAUCCAGGGGAUGACACACAGGCGGAGCCCCUGUCUUACGUCGGACCUGGAGAGAUCAUUGGAAUUGGGGUCCUUGCCUUUGUCAUUAUUCUCCUCCUCAUACUCUUCGUUGCCUUUAGGAAAAAGAUCAAAUUCAGAAAAGACUCAAUCCCAGGCCCAGGGACUCAGGCUGUGAUGGGAGUCUCAGCUAUUUCCACAGAAACCAGCUAUAUGCUGCGUAAGACUGGCAUGGGGGCAGAAGGGAUUGAGUUUAAAGCGGUGCGUGUGUCAGGUUCCCCAGGGACCACAAGCACCUAUGGUGAGGUGGGAGCCAGCACUGUGGGUCCUCCCCAAGUCAUGGUACGUCCGACUGCCCACUCCCCUUUACCUGGAGGACUCAGCAACCAGGGCAUGAGGAGCAGGGAUGGUGACAAGGCCACCUCCAGUGAUGGUAGCCAGAUGAGCAGCUUCCUCUCAGACAUGUCUAAUAUCCGAGGCGUGGCCAAUAGGAGGGGCAUCGCAGUGUGCAGCGUGGCACCCAAUCUCCCUUCGGCAUCGGCCUGUCGCUCAGAGCACAGUCCAGCCCACAAAGUGUCCUGGGAAGGCGAGGAAAUGAGGGAGGAAGGGCUGGAGAGAGCGAGAGAUGAGAGAGAGGAGGAAUGGGGGCAGAGAGCUUUUGAGUUGGAGAGAACACAGAGAGAUAACAGUCCACAGGAGCUGGAAGAUGAGGUGGCAUGUUUCUCAGACUCUACCUCUGAGGAGCACUCCCUCAGUUCCUACACUUCUGAGUCCUUCGAUGAUAACGCCUCCAUAGUGACAGUCAUACGCCUAGUCAAUGAUGCUGUUGAUAAUAUUGAAAGUGAAGUGUCAAAUAUGGAUAAAGAACAGCGGCGGAACAGCCUUGCAAGUCGCCACCUGCAGAGCAAAGAUGAGAUUUGUGUAGAGUUCAUCAAAGAGUACAUUGUGGAUUCAUACCACUGGGAGUCUUCCAGUCAGACUUCAAGCUGGGUGUCACCGUCACGUCUGUGUCUGCCAGAGGUUGGAUCCCAUUACGACCUCAGUGACACCCAGCAGAACAUCAGACGAGGCGGCAGCACACGCUCUCUCCAGCUGGACUACAGGGUGAUGGGCCACAGUGGUGACAGGAGCCAAGAGCACGGACAGGAGACCUGCAGGAGGACCUUCCAGUGGGAGCGAAAUCAGUCGGGUGAGUGGGAGAGAAAACGCAUCCUGGACAGAGAAGAAAAGGGACGGCACGACGGGGAGGGAAAGAACACAGGCAACAGGAGCAGAGACAUGGGAGUAUGCCAAGACCAUAGAGACCGCCAGCAGUCACACGGUCACGACGGCUGCGAAGACAGCUCCUCGCCUGUAUAUGAGGAAUACAGAGAGUCCAACCUCGACCCAGAGCUAAAUCAAGACACAGACAGCCUGUAUGACACUCUACCCCCGACUCGACGGGCCUACGAGGGAUACCCGUCAAGUCCCCCAGGCCUCAAUCUGCACCCGGCUCAACUUCUGCCUCCCCUGCGAGCUUGGGACUUACAGACAGGGGAGUGGAGGGGUUCACAGGAGGAUCGCGGAAGGCUCAGCUCCAGCAAUCUGGCAGGUUCCGGGGACGAGUUAGAGAGACUACUGAAUCUGGUGUCGCUCAGAGCCAGGAGAGCCACAAGAACAAACAGAGCCUCCACUGGAUCUGAACCCACGGCAGGCUGGGAUGGAUUUAAAUAAGCACAAGAGACUGUUUCCCUUACUAAGGCAAGCAACUCCCCCUGAUUAAACUUGACAUUUAUAAUACUACACCGCUGGUCCACCACCUAAAAUUAAUUAAAGGAUAAUAUUACCAUAUAUACUUUGAUUAUUCCGCAUUAUUAUUAUCCUGCUGUAAGCAAACACAAAUCUACCACCAAUCCCCCCCCCCCCUGCUCAUUUAAAGGCUAGAGGAAUAAGAGGAAAUAUAUGCACUGUCUUGAUGCUACCUGUGCUGCAUGAGAGUUUGGCUAUGAAUCAAUGCUAUUACAUUUAUUAUUUAUAGCAUCACUGUGGCACAGCAUUUAUUAACAUCAAAUUAAGAAAGAAUCCAGUGAGUUUCCGGUUCAGAUCAUACAGAUGUAUGCACAUGCAGUAUGCUAUCAUGUAUUUCAUACAUCGCUCUGUUUGAUCACACACAUACAGACCAAAACACACACAAUCAUUUGUUUGCUCAACUGUGUAAUAAUUUGUGCAUUUCUUAUUAUUGUUGAAGUAUGCUCGGGGUUGUUUUGGAGAGUAAAAACUGUUCACCCACAUAACAGACAUAGCCUCAGAGAUGCUGUUAAGAUUACCGUAA